AUGGAAAAAAUUAGCACGUCUCAAUCCGGAAGUAACAGUCAUCAAGCUCCUCCGACACAAUCUAAUCCUACCGUAAGUCAAUCUGUUCCGGAAAGUACAAGGAAAAGGAAAACGUUAGAAUCCAGAUCUCAAGUAUGGGACCAUUUUGAGAAGAUUUUAAACGAGGAUGGGGUAGUCAUUAAAGGUAAGUGCUUAUAUUGUUCAAAAAUAUAUGCAGCUGAGGCUAAAAAGCAUGGUACUUCCUCUUUAAAUAGCCACAUGAAAGCUUGUUUAAAGAAUCCACAUGCAUCAAGCAAUGACAUUGCCGUUGGGUUCAUGAAAAACAAGGUGGUGAAUUGGGGUGGUUCUUCUAUUAGGGCAGAGUACAUACAUAUGAGAUGCAUUGCUCAUAUUCUUAAUUUGGUUGUACAAGAUGGAUUGAAAUUAGCAGAUUCAUYAGUYAAGAARAUUAGGGAUURCAUUAGGUGGGUGAGGGGUUCUCCAUCUAGGUUGAAGAAGUUUAGAGAACUUGCAGAAUUGCUUGAAGUGAAAGAGAAAAGUUCCUUAUGUCUUGACGUUCCAACUAGAUGGAACUCCACGUAUAUGAUGCUUCGAACCGCAAUUGGUUACAUACAAGUUUUUGAAACGUAUGAGAGUAGUGACAGCGCGUUACAUAUGGAUUUGGGAGAUUCGCUGCCUUCAUAUCUUGAUUGGUUAUCUGUUGACAGCUUGGUCGUAUUUUUGAAGACAUUUUAUGAGAUGACAAUUAGAAUUUCUGGCUCACUUUAUGUCACCUCAAAUUCUUUCUUAACCGAGAUUUCAGAUUUGAGUUGCAUUAUUGCCGAUAUGUUACAAUCUACGUCAAAAGUUGAAGAGGAAAUGGGUGUUAAAAUGAAAGAAAAGUUCAGUAAAUAUUGGGGUGAUCCAGAUAAGAUGAACUUCAUCAUAUUUUUUGGCAAUAUAUUGGACCCCAGAGACAAGGUUGAGUACAUGCAAGUCCAGCUCAAUCAAAUGUAUGGUGAGGAUCAAGAGUAUGUAUCAACAUAUUCCGAACCGUCUACCACUAUGAUGCCUCCUCCACCCACUAAGUGUGAGAAUGUUCCCGUUGGAAGGGUACAGUCUAGAUUAAAGAGCCAACUUAAGAAACAAAAGAUGGAAAGUGGGGCUUCACUCAACAAAAAGAGUGAACUUGAACUUUAUCUAAGUGAGUCGACCAUAGAUGAGACAAAUGAUUUUGAUAUUUUAAGAUGGUGGAAGGUUAAUAGUGAAAGGUUUCCUGUUCUUUCAAAAUUGGCUAGAGAUGUGCUUGCUGUUCCAAUUUCAACUGUGGCAUCUGAGUCUACUUUUAGUACUAGUGGCCGGGUCUUAGAUAAUUUUAGGAGUUCUUUAUCGCCUAAAAUGGUAGAAGCCCUGAUAUGUACACAAGACUGGCUAAGAGGCCCUAGUCAGCCAAUUGCAGUUGAAGAAAACAUAGCUGAUAUUGAAAAGUUUGAGAAAGAAAUGAUGAAUAUGAGACUAGGAAGUUCAAGUUCUGUCAAUGAUCAAGAGGAUUCUCUUCCGGUUCCAGCUGUUGAUGUGGAUGAUCUAGAGCUAGACAGCUAG